AUGAGUUUAUACCGUAUACCAUUUCUUAAGGACUGUACAAACUCCCAUCUAAAAUAUUUGUUUUCUUCAUUGACAGAAAAGUCGCCAACAAUAGUUUCAAUAUUUUUUGUUCCAACUAAACUUUGGUAUAUUUCGUUAACAAAUGAUAUAUCUGCUUUCUUUGCUAACUCAUCGUUAACAUAUUCCUUAUCUGCCUUCUUUGCUAACUCAUCGUUAACAUAUUCCUUAUCUGCUUUCUUUGCUAACUCAUCGUUAACAUAUUCCUUAUCUGCUUUCUUCCCUAACUCAUCGUUAACAAAUGAUAUAUCUGCUUUAAGGUCUAAACAUUCUGAAACCCAUCCUGUAUCAGCUUUAGUUUUAAGAAUCUUCGAUGUCCGUUCAUGA